GCAUCAUGAACAAUCCUCAGCAUGUCUUUGAAAAGCGGGCGCCGUAUUACAUGGAUAAGGAGAUGAUAGAGAACCAGACCAGGCCAUUCAUCCCGCGCGAUCCUGUUGGCCUGUCCGACCGCAUCAUCUUUGGUAUUGGUCUCGCGCUGUACUCGUUGGCUGGGCUAAUGACGCUGUAUGCAUGGCUAAAUCGCAGCUAUCCCCCGCUACGUGCCAAAAAUCUUCCGCUGGCGACUAUGAUGUGGGUCGGAGCAUUCGGAUGGUUCAUUGGCUCGGUGGUUAGCAAUGGGCUUGUUGAGAUUGAGGGGGUGUGGCGACACUGCAUUCUCCCAGCGGUUUGGAUCCGCAUCGGGUUUGGAUACACAUUUACGUGCUCAAGCCUGUUCCGGGUUUACCUGCUGGACCGCAUCUUUGUUCAGCGGCGUUCGGCACACGGCGUGCGGUUCCAUCUGCCUAUAUUUCUGUUUAUCCUUGUGGUUCUUUUGUUCUGCAUCAUCAGCACCGUACUUCCCAACUACAUGACCGUCAUUUAUCUUGACAAGUUCAAGUCCUGUCACUAUGUCGCCCCAUACCGCUUCGUGUGUCUGGGCAUCGUUGCCUCGCUAUGGUCGGUUGUUGCCGUUCUGGUGUGGCGCAUUCGCAAUAUCCAUACUGCAUUCAACGAACGGUUCGAGACUGUUGCCAUUGCUGCCAUGGCUUUGUCGACAGACAUAGAGAUGAUUGUUGUGCACAUUGUGUACCUGCACUACGCACAGAGCCGUGCCGUCAGGUCAAUGGCAGUCAUGUUUGAUUUGACCAUGGGAUGCACCGCAAGCUUUAUUCUGCUAGUGUAUCCAGUCUACCAGUGCAUCUUCCACCGCGAAGAGUACCUCCAAAAGUGGCUACUCAAGCUGUCUCUUGACGGAUUGCACAAGGAGUACUUGGAUGAGACGCAUCACGUAACAAACACCACAGACUACGCCGAGGUCCGUGAACAGUCAACAACACGUUUGACCAGCGGGAAUACCGAAAAGACUUGUGCUCAGGCCGGAAACGGCGACACUAUUGGCAUGGGCCAGGUUGCUUAUAGGGAAUAUGCGCAGCCGCCGUUCAAUCCGUUCCCUCAUCCAGACGAAGGAGGGGGCUCGCGUAUCAUUCUGUAGUUAGUGAAUGGCGUUUCCAAU